GCUUAUACCAUGUCGUUUGCAGGCUACUUUUUUGGCAAUGUGGACGAAGAGGGAAGACUGGAUAAUGAUCUAGACGAGGAUUUGAAAAAGACACUGCAAGAUGUCGAUGCGAGUGUGUUUUCAAAGAUCUUUAGUACAGACACAUUUGGCUUAACCUCACGCGGGGACGACGAUGACGACGAAGGCAUGGAACCGUCGCAACCCGUACCUACGGCUCAUUCGACCGAUGCCGUGGAUUACUCCGAUUUUGACGAAGUGGUUCCCGACGAUGCCAUGUUCUCUGAAAAAAACUUUCAUCGAGGCAUGGGCGUUAUCAAAAAGACCUUGCCUCGUUCACGACUUAGCAUGGUCAGCGAUAAUUACGACGAAUACGACGAAGAGGAAGAGGAAGAAGAGGAAGUCAAACCAGUUCAGCCUUCAACAGCAAUAUCCUCCACCGAUUCAGCAGCACCACUAGCCGUGCCUCCUCUAUCGACCGAACCUACCGUUACCGACAAUGAACCGUCUCGGAAAGUGGACAUUAAACAACUCUUUCCCGAUUUCGAAAAAGACAAGAUUCUCAAGUUUUCCGACCUCUUCAUGGCCCGGAUUCAACGACCUUCCAAGCUUCAACCUGUCAAACUAGGCGUGUUGAGCGACAACUAUGAAUACGAAAUGGAAGCCGAUGAUCGAGUCCUCUUCACGAAAACCACCAAACGCGAUCGCAAUCUUCGAUGGAUGGCCGAAAAGACCGCUACGAAACGACGUCGUUUGGAGAGAGAGAUAUUGGGCGACGGAGACCAUGUGUCAAGCAGUGAGAGUGAAGACGAUCAAUAUGAUACCUCGGAUAGGCCUCUUGUCACAGGAUCACCAUCGCGUGAUGUUCGCGACAAUCGAUUAUAUCACUCCAUCGUUUUGGACCAGUGGGAGGACCACAUUCAAUGGGGAGAUGAAUCGGACAGAGAAUCACAGUCACCGGACGAUAAUUUGGUGGUGAACAAGCAUUUGAACGAACGAUUGGAAGCGGGUGAUUGGUUGGAUGCGAUUAUUUGGGACAAAGAAAAACCAAAUGAAGCCUUUAUGAAGAUUUCUUUGGAUCUAAAUGAUCCCAAUAUGUUGUUUGAUUGCGAAGAAGUGGAAGCCACCAAAGCACAGUUGAUCCAACCAAAACAUGUCAAGCGAGGUCGCAAACCGUUGCCACGACCACUGCCUAAAAUACCAAUCAUUUACCCUGUGGAUACGGAACCCCACAGCAAGCUUCCGCUCAACCGGUUCAAUCUAUCCAACGAUAAAUACUAUGAAUCCCAUUAUACCGGACGCCUGGUGCGUGUGCGCCAGACCCUCGGCCAACUCGUCGUCCAGCAUUCGUUACCUGCUCUCCGAUUACAUCCCGCCUUUUACAAGACCAAAUUAUCCAAGGCCGAGGCGCGAUCGUUCCAUCGUCCACUUGUACAGUUACCUCUUAAUCAUGACAUUACCUUUUCUCGCGUCCGCAUCAGUAAAAAGAACCGACGAAAAGAUAAAAAGAAGAACGCCGCCGAACUGAUGCGAAGUACAAAAGAUUUAUCGCUCAAGGACAACAGCAUGUUUGUCCUCUUGGAAUUCUCGGAGGAACAUCCACCCAUUAUUUCCAAUGUCGGAAUGGGUACCUUGAUUAUCAACUAUUAUCGAAAAACCGAUCCCAAAGACGAAUUUGUGCCUUCGCUCGAUAUCGGUGAACCUUUUGUUUUGGAUAUUGGCGAUACUUCUCCUUUCAUGAAUUUUGGCAAUGUCGAGCCUGGUCAGACCAUUACGGUGUUGUACAACAACCUUAUUCGUGCGCCUCUGUUCCGGCACGAGGUGAAAAACACCGAUUUCUUAAUGGUGAAAAGCACCUACAAAGGCAAUACCAAGUAUUACAUCCGUGAAAUACCCGCCACGUUUGUUGUUGGUCAAACAUAUCCUGUGCAAGAAGUGCCUGGUCCUCACUCCCGAAAAAUUACUACGACCAUCCGUAAUCGAUUACAGAUCGUGGCCUACCGUCUGAUAAAAAAAAAUCCCCUGUAUCGAUUGAAAAUGAGUCGAUUGGCGCAAAAGUUCCCGGAAUACUCUGACAUUCAGAUUCGACAACGGUUGAAAGAGUUUCUGGAGUUCCAUCGUCGCAAUAAAGAAGGAGGGGGCGGUUACUGGACGGUGCGUGGCGGUGGCGAGGCUCCGUCCGAAGAAGACUUGCAGAAAAUGGUGACGCCCGAAAUGAUUUGUUUGUAUGAGAGUAUGCUGGUGGGUGAACGGCAUUUGCAAGAUCUUGGUUACGGUGAUAUCAAUGACGAAGACGAAACGGGCGAAGGUGAUUCAAAACUGGAAGUGGAACAACAAUUGGCCCCCUGGUUCGCUACACGCAAUUUCAUCAAUGCCUCGCAAGGCAAAGCCAUGUUGAAAUUGUACGGUGCCGGUGAUCCUACCGGCCGUGGUGAAGGCUUCAGUUUUAUUCGAGUCUCCAUGAAAGAUAUCUUUUUACGUGCCGGCGAAUCAGCCGAAGAAAAACUUGCUCAAAUUGAAGCUCGACCAAAAAGUGCUCAUCGUUACAACGUAGCUGAACAGCAACAGAUUUACAAAGAAGAGAUUCAUCGCAUCUGGAAUGCGCAACUGGAUUCCUUGUCGAACCCGGUAGAGCCUGAACUAUCGGAUCAUGAAGGUGAAGAAGACAGUGAAUUUGAUGAUCACACUGAACGCGCCGACAGUCCUGCUAUGUCGGAAUUGGAUUGGAAUUUCUCUCGACGAAGCAGUCGUCCCGUGUCCAUGUCGCCGAUGCCGCCGUCGUAUAACCGACGUUACGAACGAGCUCCGUCUGAAAGUGUGGAUGAUGAUGAUAUUUCCGUCACGGGCAGUUUGAGUUCCCGUACGAGUUAUCAUGUGAACAAUCCCAACAAAUACUUGGUGAUCCGUCGAUUAAUACGGCAACCCAAUGGAGAAAAAUCGUGGCAACAAGAAGUCGUGCGUGAUCCUGUGGUGAUCAAAUCUUAUUUACGUCAACGGCAGAUGAUUGAAGAGGAGGCAACAAGUGCAGAGGCAUUAGAACCUACGGAUGAUGCGGAAAAGAAUGCACGUAUGAAGAAACGAAUUCAGGAUCAGUUGGCGAAACUGAAACGAAACGCGGAACGACGUCGUCAGCGGCAGUUGGCGAAACAGGCGGCGUUGGCGGAAAACCCCGUACUAGGAUUGAUUCGAGGCAAACGCGAAGGCGCCAUGAGACGAUGUGGUAACUGUGGACAACUGGGCCAUAUGAAGACCAACAAGAACUGUCCUAUGUUUUAUGUGGUGAAUAAUCCCAACAACAACGCGACCCCGGCCGCCGCCCCAGGGGAUACUCCCGGCUCCAACGCGAAUAAUACAUUCCCCGGCACGUCAUCUCCCCUCUCCAAUUCACAAACAUCCCCCAACCCAUCAUUCUGAUCAUUGCUCACAAUUAAUCACCGUUAACAGUAUUAAAGAAAACUCGCAUUUCCAACAUUAUAAAGAGACAGGCGAAGAGAGAGGGAGAGAAAAAACAAACAGCACAUGACACUAAAUAUAAACAAAU